CGUUGCUUUUGGGGAAUCACCGAAAUUUAGCAGGACGCUCGUAUUCGUUGGCGCUGAGAAAACCGGGGAAUUACCGAUUAGCUUUUGCAGGUGUUCUGUUGUUAUUUUGUGAUUUACUUGCCUUGUGCCGGAAAUAUUUGUGUUUAGUGCUUAUUUAAGUGUGUUUAAAUAAACUAAUUAUUGUUAAUUAUAUUUUCUGUGUUUUAUGAUAAUAAAUUAUUUGUUACCUACUGUAUAGUGACAUUAGUGACAAAAACUGAAUGUUUAUAAUGUCUUCGAAUUCGAGUUCUUGUUCUUCGCGGGAAUCACGGGGAAGGAAAAGUUGCAAAGUAAGUUCCCUGUUUAAAAUGCUAAAAACACAGAAAAAAAAAACUCCUCAAGUAGAGUGUACUUUUUGUACACUUCAACUAUCAAAAAAUGGGACACGUUUGUUGGAACAUAUUAAAAAAUGCCUAAAAUGUCCAGAGGAAGUUAAAAUAAAGUAUGGAGUGACGGAGAGAAAACAACGAAACAUUGGACUAUUACAAACAAUACAUGAAAAAAGGGAGGAAAAAGUUAAAGAAAAACCGAAAUCACAAUCUAAAGAGGUGUCCGCAUUCAUGGAUAAAAUGACACCUGAACAAAAAGUAAAAGCCGAUGAACUGCUUAGCCGGGCUAUCUAUUCAAGUCAAGCACCACUGGCUUUAGUAGAAAAUAUACAGUGGCAGAAGUUGUUUAAAUUUCUCAGACCUGCUUAUCAGAUACCAACCCGACACCUUGUAUCAGGCCCACUAUUAGACAGUGAGCACCUACGUGUAAAGGCUAUAGUUUCGGAAAACAUUGGUAAGAUUUAAGUUUUACCAUAUUUAUUAAAAUUUAUUGUUUCGGCCCUUACUCUGUGAAAUUCUGCGUAACAACAAUAAAUUAA